AUAAAUUCUUCAAUAAUAUUCAAUAGUUCGGUGUUGUUCCGAUUACUUACAUUGGUUAAAAUUUUCAUAACAUAAUAACGUAAAUAUUAUGAAGUCUAACUUAGUUAAUUCGAUGUGUAACAUUACUACGGAAACAUUAAUCGUUGCCGAAAGUUGAAGUGAUCAACAUGGAACCAGGUGAUAUAUUCGACUGUGCUUUCAGCGUAAAACAGGAAAAAAUCGAUAUGUCGCUAAAUGAUAAUGAAGAUUAUCAAACAAUCGACAAGGCCCCUCAUGUACAAAACAUUGAAUUAUCCCAAUUUAUCCAUGGAAAUUCAAUCCAAAGUCUUAAACAAGAGUAUGAUGAAACAGCUGAGCCUCAUGAAGACAUGGAAAUAAUUUUAGAGUGUAAAGACGUAAAGCCUGACAAGGGUUUAUUAGUAGUUAAGAAAAUGGAGGAUUCUUCUGAAAAUCAUUUGCAGAAUAUGAUAUUCAGCGAUCAAACUCAAAAAACAAUAAUUGUAGAAAAUGCUGGGGUAGUAAAAAAAGAAUUUGUUGGUGAAGAGGCAGAAACAUUGACUAUUAAUUCCGACUGUGAACUCAGUAAGCAAAAUGAUAAGAGAAGAGUAGAAGAAACAUCAAUUUACAAACAUAGACUCAAUACAUCCAUCGAUAAAGUGAAUUGUAGUAUCACGUGUGAUACAUGUGGAUUGAAAUUUAAAACAAAACUUGGUCUCAAACGCCACAACGACGUGAAACAUAAGGGUAUAAGACAUGCAUGUAAUGAGUGUGGAAACUCAUUCACACAGAGAUCUCAUCUUAAAACCCACAUUGAAACGGUGCACAAUGGUAUUACACAUGCAUGUAAUCAAUGCUUAAGAUCAUAUUCACGAAAAAGUUAUCUCAAAAUGCACAUCGAUAACGUGCAUAAUGGUGUAUCUCAUGUAUGUAAUGAGUGUGGAAAAUCAUACGCACAAAGAUCUCAUCUUAAAACCCACAUUGAGUCGCUGCACAAUGGUGUUACAUAUACAUGUAAUCAAUGCGGAAGAUCAUAUUCACAAAAAAGUUAUCUCAAAAUCCACAUCGAUAAGGUGCAUUUAGAUAUCACCUACGUAUGUGAUGUAUGCAAAAAGAAUUUCUCAACAAAGAGUAAUCUCAACAUACACAUCAAUUCAGUGCAUAAAGGUAUUAGCCACAAGUGUGAUUUAUGUGAAAAAAAUUUUAAAUAUCGAAGUCAUUUGUGCAAUCACGUGAAAAUGUCGCACAAUGGCAAUACUCAUACAUGUAAGGUAUGUGGAAAGACGUUCGGGCAAAGAAAAAAUCUCCAAGCCCACAUCGACAUAGCGCAUACUCGCGCAUCGUGACUUGAUUAAUGUAUAAAAUUUACGUUCAAUUUCUGUUAAAAACCCCAAUGUACAAUCCAGUAUAUUUGUUCGAAAGACUAAUUUAUAAAAUGUUCAUUCAUUAUGAUAUGAAGAAUUCUUUUUGUAUCAUAAUACAUCUCUGUAGCAUAAGUAAAAAUAAAAGU